AUGUCUUCUGAGCGAUAUUUAGAUAACAAGGUUGCCAUCAAAGAUAAAGAAGGAAGGAUAUCUUUUCCAGAGGAGGGGGAAGACAUUUCAAAACUCAGUGAUGAUGAACUAAGAGUUGCAUACAUUGGCAUAGAAGGCAUGCAUUGCAAUUCUUGUGUUAAAAACAUCGAAGGAAACAUUUCUGAUUUAAGUGGUGUCAAGCAAAUUGAAGUGUCUCUUGAGGAAAAAGAAGGAAAAAUUAUGUACUCACCAAAGCAAACCAGUGGCAAGGCAUUAACAAAUGCCAUUGAGGAAAUGGGAUUUGAAACAUCUUUGAAGCGCAUUGUGGAUGUUUUGACACAACAUGAAAUAGCUCUGUCUGAGGAUGGAAAAAUGGACAAUAAGGAGAUUGAAAGCCUGGAAAAUUCCUGCAGUAAGAGUUAUACUGAGGUAAAGAUCUCUGUGAAAGGAAUGACAUGCCACUCUUGCGUGAAGACCAUUGAACAAGGAAUGUCUAAGCAACCUGGUGUACAAGUUGUAAAUGUUUCACUCAAGAAUGAAGAAGCGACCAUUACUUAUGAUGCAUCCAUGACUGACCCUGGGAAGCUAAGAGAGGCCAUUGAUGACAUGGGCUUUGAGGCAGCUUUGUCUUCACCUUCACCCACCCCUCCCUUAACAAAUGAUGUCCAGACAGUCAUGAUAAACAUUGAUGGUAUGACUUGUAAUUCGUGUGUACAGACAAUUGAGAAAAACAUUUCCCAGCUUGAUGGCAUUCAGUCCAUUUCAGUGUCCCUAGCAGCAAAGACAGCCCAAGUUCGUUACUCACCUGGAAAAGUCACAGGGGAGCAAGUGAGAGAAGCUAUUGAGGACAUGGGAUUUGAUGCAAGUUUGAUUGGGGAUGGUGUCUGCAAUGUUGAUAAGGAUGUGCGAAUGGCGAUGAUUGGCGUUGAAGGAAUGACGUGCAUGUCUUGUGUGAAAACAAUUGAGGGAACCAUGUCUACAAAGCCAGGAGUACAGAAUAUCAAAGUCUCUCUUACUGACAAACAAGCUGCUAUUGAGUACGAUGAGGCAGUGACAACACCAGAAGAUUUACGUGCAGGGAUUGAAGACAUGGGAUUUGAUGCUACACUCUCUGAAGAUGGUGAGAGAUCAAAGAAUGAAGAGGGUGCUAAGGCUGUCAAUCAUGAUUUGGCUGGUGAUUGGGAGGUGACAUUUAGUAACAUGGAAACUGUGAGAAGCAGAGAAUCACUGGGUGAAGAAGAUGUAGAGAAGAUUUAUCUGCUCAUUACAGGCAUGACAUGUGCAUCUUGUGUGGGAAGCAUCGAGAAAGGACUUAUGAAGAAGAAAGGAAUAAAGUCUGUACUUGUUGGCCUGUUAGCACAGAAAGCAGAAGUUAAAUUUGACAAGAAAAGGAUCACACCAGAAGAAAUAAUCUACUAUGUGAAGGGCUUGGGGUACGGUUGUGAACUUUUGGAUCAAGGUAGUCAGGGAGAGGGUACAGUUGAUAUAAAUAUAACAGGCAUGACUUGCUCCUCGUGUGUUCAUUUAAUAGAAUCAAACCUCACCAAAAGGAAAGGAAUACUGAAGGCAUCAGUUGCAUUAGCAACGAGCAGUGGCCGAUUUGUGUACGACACAGAAACAACAGGUCCACGGGACAUUAUUGAAUCUAUCGAGUCUCUAGGUUUUAGUGCAUCAAUGGACAACGAUGACAAGAAAAAGGAUAGGAUAGAUCACUCAAAGGAAAUAAGCAAAUGGAGACGCUCAUUUUUGUUUUCCCUGAUCUUUGGAGUACCAACAUUCAUUAUAUUUAUUACAUAUGUGAUUCUGGAUGAGUUUGAGAAGAGACCAAACCAAAUGGUGCUACCUGGACUGUCCUUGGAGAAUUUGUUAAUGUUUAUCUUGUGUACUCCAGUUCAGAUCUUUGGUGGACAGUACUUCUAUGUUACAGCUUAUAAGGCUCUUAAACACAGGACCACAAACAUGGACGUACUGAUUAUGUUGGCCACAUCAAUAGCUUAUGUUUAUUCUAUUAUUGUCGUUGCCGUGGCGAUGUCUGAACAGAGUAAUCACAGUCCAAUGACGUUCUUUGACACCCCACCUAUGUUGUUGGUGUUCAUCUCACUUGGUCGCUGGAUGGAGCAUGUCGCCAAAGGAAAGACAUCAGAGGCUCUGGCCAAACUGCUGUCUUUACAACCCUCGGAUGCACUGCUGGUCCAGCUGGCACCCGGAACAAUGAACGUAGUCAGUGAGAAAGUCAUUCAUGUUGACCUGGUCCAGCGUGGAGAUGUACUAAAGGUUGUUCCAGGAGCUAAAAUACCAGUUGAUUGCAAAGUUCUUCAGGGUACAUCCACCGCUGACGAAUCUCUGAUCACGGGUGAAUCCAUGCCUGUCAUCAAGAAACCAGGUGACUCCGUGAUUGGUGGAACUAUAAACCAAAACGGCUCCUUAUUGGUGGAGGCAACCCACGUGGGUCAGGACACUACGCUUGCACAGAUUGUGAAAUUAGUCGAGGAGGCACAAACCUCUAAGGCUCCAAUCCAGAAGUUUGCCGACAAGUUAUCAGCGUAUUUUGUUCCCACUGUGGUUACGAUCUCAAUUGUGACCUGGGUUAUCUGGCUCAUUAUUGGAUUUGUUGACAUUACAGUGCUCAGAAAGACUUUCAACCCGGACCAGGAUAAUAAGACAGAGUUUGUGUUCGCUUUCGCCUUCCAGAUUGGCAUUACUGUGCUGGCCAUUGCGUGUCCCUGCGCUCUUGGUCUAGCCACCCCUACUGCUGUUAUGGUGGGUACAGGUAUUGGAGCUCAGAAUGGAAUACUGAUUAAGGGAGGCGAACCACUAGAGACCGCACACAAGGUGAAUGCUGUAGUGUUUGACAAGACAGGCACCUUGACACAUGGCUCCCCUGAAGUGGUGAAGACAGCGCUGUUUGUCAAACCAGCCCAGUGCAGCGUGGAAAUGUUAUUGGCGCUAACAGGCACUGCUGAAAAUCACAGUGAACAUCCUAUCGGCGUAGCCAUUACCAAUUACGCCAAACAGGAGCUGCAGACAGAAACUUUGGGUCAGUGUACGGAGUUCAAGGCAGUGCCAGGGUACGGUCUGACCUGUGCGGUCAGCGGUGUCGAAGACAUCAUUAAGCCCAAGACUGUUACGGACAAGAACCGGAAAAACCUGACCGUCAAGAUUAGCGGAGUUGUGAUUGACGAGAGUGCAGAUGCUGAUCCAACAUCAGUCAUCAGUGGCAGUGAUAAUGCAGAGAGCCAAGCAAAGGAAGGAAGUAACGCUGCCAAAGAACCCACUAAAUACAAAGUGCUUAUUGGUAACAGAGAAUGGAUGCAACAGAACGGCUUAGAGGUUACUGAUGAGAUGGAAGAUGCCAUGCAAGAGCAUGAAGAAAAAGGACAUACCGCUGUACUCAUCAGCAUUAAUGGUGUUCUUGUAGCAAUGAUGGCGGUCGCUGACACAGUGAAACAGGAGGCUCAGGCAACAGUGGCGACACUGAAAAGAAUGGGAAUAAGAGUAGUGCUGUUAACUGGAGACAACAAGAAGACGGCGUUCGCCAUCGCUAAGCAGGUUGGGAUACAGCAGGUAUUUGCAGAGGUUCUUCCUUCACACAAAGUGGAAAAAAUUCGUUCGCUUCAAGACAAAGGUUUUAUCGUAGCUAUGGUGGGUGACGGAGUCAAUGAUUCACCAGCCCUCGCACAGGCUCAUGUUGGAAUCGCUAUCGGCACUGGUACAGAUGUCGCUGUGGAGGCAGCUGAUGUUGUCUUAAUUAAGAGUGAUCUCAUGGAUGUAGCCGUCGCUAUCGACCUCUCACGGGUUACAGUCCGAAGAAUCUACAUCAACUUCUGCUUCGCGCUCAUCUACAACAUGAUUGGAAUCCCGUUAGCUGCUGGAGCGUUUGAACCUCUAGGCGUCGUUAUGAAGCCUUGGAUGGCAAGUAUUGCAAUGGCAGCGUCUUCUGUAUCUGUUGUUGGGUCAUCUUUGAUGCUCAGAUUAUACAAGAAACCUGAGGCUGAAGAAGGUGUAAUAGGUUCAAGGAAUCCUUUCUCGUCUGGUUACACCAUGCUGAACACGGCUCCUAAUGACUCGUUAGACCUCCAACCAGAAGGCGGCUUUUCUAACAAGCAAUUCAGACGAACAUCUCGAAAAAAUUCUCGAGACCCCGUAAAACUGACGAAAAUGUCCUUCAUUUCAGACGACGCUUAGUUCUCUUAUGACAACAACAUCGUCUACGAAUUAAUAAAGAGUUUUAUAAUAACAAUAUGAAAUGGUAAUUUAAAUAAGUUAAGAUAUUAGGUCAUUUUACUUUGAUAGUCUCUAUAUGUAAUGAAAACUAACAGGUCUUCUCUUUUCAUUGACACUAUGGACUUUUGAGUGGUGGUGAAAUAUUUUUUGUUGUCAGCGUCGAUCGUUUUUCAAUUUUUUUCCUUUUUGUACUGGCUGCUUUACAGGGGGUUCUGAUUUUUGUGUGAAUGGGGAUUUGUCCUUGUAGAUUAAAUUUAUUGUCGCAACGUAUUAGUUACCAUUAGAUUCUCACUCUAAAAUUGAUCAUAACGAACUAAAAAAAAAAAAUAGAAAUUUGGGAACAUAUAUAAUCCAGAAAUAGGGUAGUCUAGCUGAAAGAUAAUUUGAUCAAUUAUUGUCGAACAAAUGUAAGUUAAAAUUUUGUGCAGACAUAUUUUUGUAAUAAUGCAUUUAGAUGUUGAACGGUGGUCAUUUCAUUCCACUAUUGGUUCCAAUCUGCCUUGAAGUUUGUUGCUAAAAUCAGUUAUUGUAUGUAGUUUUUUAGAUUUUUUUUAAAAAAGAAAAAAAAAUGGAAAUUGAGCUGAAAGCAAGUAUCUGAUUAAGACGAUAAAGUGAUAAAUGGUUGUAAUUGUUGUAGGGGUCAAUAAUAGUAUUUUACAAAAUAUAAAUAAAUGUUAAUAACUUUG